AGAUGUUCCUUAUGAAGGCCAUAUAAAUGAAAUGUUUUGGACUUUUGGGACACCGGGACCAGGAUGUGGCAAUUGCCCCACUACUACAGUUUACUUUGCAUCUACAUCACCAGACAACCCCUCAGCGCCGCAAUACCGCUAGACCAAACCGAGUAUCGCCCAGGUUGGCACACUGUCACAAGUAAUCAAAACAAGGACGAAACAGUGGUGCAAAUAAAGCGGCUGUGAAGAGACCUAUUGAAGUUACAGCAAUAGUGAACUCGAAAAUGACAACGCUUCAAUAUUUGGGAAUAUCAGUACGUUUCAUCAUCGUACUCUGCUCAGCCCAGCAUUCAGAACAGCCAGAGACUCGGCAGGUGAAAGGCAUCGUGGGAACGUUUUUCUAUUUUCCAGAAAGGGUGUUGACAUCUGGAAAUUUACUUUAUGGAGACCUUGGCAAUAUUGCACAGGUGUACCCUGGUAAACAAAGUAAUACAAACCUUGAGAAGAGAUUUAAAAACCGCCUUCACUGGAACAAUGUUACGGGAGUCUUCACUUUGUCAGACCUACAAAUAGACGAUUCUGGGGUUUAUACUGUGGAGAAUGGAGAUGCUGAAGAGAAGAUGAGACAUACAUUUCAGCUGACUGUGUACUAUGUUCUGUCCAAACCUCAGGUGACUGUUCACGAUAACAUCUCCUGUAGUGUUGUGUGUUCUGUGGAGAACGGGAGAGAGGUGACCCUGUCCUGGUACAAAGGAGGGGAGAUACUCAACCAGACCAGCAGCCCUGACCACAUCACCCUCUCUAUACCUCUCAAGUUGGAUGAACAGAACAGAGACUCUUACAGAUGUGAGGCUGCCAACCCAGUCAGCAAGGAGACCGCUGUUGUUCCACAUUCCUGUAUAGAGCGUGAUCCCUCUAAGGUGAAAGAUGGUGAUGAGAGGACUCGAGGUUCUCUUAUUAUUGCUGUAAUCUGCGUUUUGGUUGCUUCAGGACUUGUUGGUCUUGCAAUAUAUCUUAAGAGGAGAAACGGACACUCACAUGCAGGUAUUUAGGUUUUAAUGGGGUGAGGUCAUUCUCCUUGUCAAAGUCAAAACAUGUUGUGCACAACGUUUAUUAAUUACCAUUGAUAGUGUUUUAUAAAUGUAGGAAAUGUUUGCCUGAACAACAGAUGCAGGUCAAAUGAAGUGGUGUAUCUUCCUCACUUCCUCUGCUUGGUCAGACAGUUGCAUUGUCUCAGACCAAUAUCUGUUGUUGUUUUGGGAUCUCAUUAAGGAUGGUAUGACAACAUAACUGUAUCUCUGAAUGCGUAUAUUUACCAGUUGUCAGAUUUACAUCCAAAUGUUGUGGAACUUACAGGAUUAAAUAUGAAACUAUUUGUGAGAAGAGGAAAUGUGAUGUCAGCCUUCUAAAUGAGAAAUGUGUUUCAUAUAAAAGUUAUACCCUGUCAGUGACCACACCCACGUGAGCACAGACAUUACGUCGGCAUUAUGGAACGCCCCCUUUUACCAGGGUGCAUAAAACCCCUCCUAACAAAAUGUACAUUAGACCAAGCAGGUGGACGGUAAGCCGGACGUCACAAAUGGUUAGACUCUACAAGACCAGUACACGGCUAGCGUUAGCUGAAAGGUACGAAAUGGUUAGAAACUCUGAAACUUUUAACAGUGAAGAAGAUAAAGACUACACAUUCACAGUCUGCAGCUGUAUAUAUAAAAUAGUCUAGUAAACUCGACCGAA